GCACAAGCCUUGAUUUAUGCUGGGAUGGCAGGGUCCAACUUGGAAAAUAUUCAAGAAAAAAUAAAUGAGUACUUGGAGAGAGUUCAAGCUCUCCAUUCAGCAGUUCAGUCACAGAACACAGACCCUUUGAAGUCAAAACAACAGUUGGACUUGGAGCGUGCUCACUUCCUAGUUACACAGGCUUUUGAUGAAGAUGAUAAAGGCAAUGCAGAAGAAGCUAUAGAGUUGUACACAGAAGCGGUGGAACUCUGUUUGAAAACAGCUACUGAAAAUUCAGAAGCAGGCCUCCAGUCAAAACUGAAACAGCUGGCUCGACAGGCACUGGAUAGAGCAGAGGCACUGAAGGAAUCGGUGUCAAAAUCAUCUCAGAAGGAGAAGUCAACUGCAGCUAAACCAAAUCAGCCAGUCAGAACAUUCUUUCCGUUGGGACCUGAUUUUUCUUUAAACGAUAAACCACAGACAAUCAGAGCGGUACAAGCUAGUGAAUCUCAAGGUCAGAAAUACACUGCAGAGGAGAUUGAAGUACUCAGGAAGACUUCAAAAAUUAAUGGCAUUGAAUAUGUGCCUUUUAUGAGUGUUGAUCUGAGGGAACGUUUUGCCUUCCCUAUGCCAUUUUCUGAUAAAUGCGGGAAGUUACCAUUAUCUCCCAAACAGAAAGCGAUGUUUGCCAAGUGGGUGAGACCAGAUGACAUCACAAAUAACCCUACGAUGAUUUAUACUGUAUCAAGUUUCAGCAUAAAGCAGACAAUAGUGUCAGAUUGUUCUUUUGUGGCAUCCCUGGCUAUCAGUGCAGCAUAUGAAAGAAGAUAUAACAAAAAAUUGAUUACAAGUAUAAUUUACCCUCAGAAUAAGAAAGGAGAACCAGAAUAUAAUCCAUGUGGCAAAUACAUGGUGAAGCUUCAUAUCAAUGGUGUACCUAGAAAGGUAAUAAUAGAUGACCAGUUACCUGUUGAUCAUAGUGGGGAACUUCUCUGCUCUUACUCUAACAAUAAGAAUGAAUUAUGGGUGUCGCUAAUAGAAAAAGCUUACAUGAAGGUCAUGGGAGGAUAUGAUUUUCCUGGAUCAAAUUCUAAUAUUGAUCUCCAUGCACUGACUGGUUGGAUACCUGAAAGAAUUGCAAUGCACUCCGACAAUCAAGCUUUCAAUAAAGAUAGUACUUUCAGAAUGCUUUAUCAGAGAUUUCACAAGGGAGAUGUCCUUAUCACAACAGCAACAGGGGUGAUGUCUGAAGAGGAAGGAGAAAAAUGGGGUUUAGUUCCAACCCAUGCAUAUGCAGUCUUGGAUAUAAGAGAAUAUAAGGGACUUCGAUUUCUUCAGUUGAAAAAUCCCUGGAGCCACUUACGUUGGAAGGGACGAUACAGUGAAAAUGACACAAGAAAUUGGACACCAGAUUUACAAAAAUACUUGAACUUUGAUCCAAGAACAGCUCAGAAAAUAGACAAUGGCAUUUUCUGGAUUGCCUGGGAGGACCUGUGCCAGUACUAUGAUGUUAUUUAUUUGAGUUGGAACCCAAGUCUUUUUAAAGAAUCUACAUGUAUUCACAGCACUUGGGAUGCAAAGCAAGGUCCGGUGAAGGAUGCCUACAGCCUGGCUAACAACCCUCAGUACAAGCUAGAGGUCCAGUGUCCGCAAGGUGGUGCUGCCGUCUGGGUUCUGCUUAGCAGGCACAUCACAGAUAAGGAUGACUUUGCACACAAUCGGGAAUUCAUUACAAUGGUUGUAUACAAGACUGAUGGCAAAAAAGUUUACUAUCCAGCUGAUCCUCCUCCGUAUAUUGAUGGUAUUCGGAUCAACAGUCCUCAUUAUCUGACCAAGAUAAAGCUGACCUCUCCAGGGCCCCAUACGUUUACCUUGGUGGUGUCCCAGUAUGAGAAACAAAACACUAUCCAUUACACCAUUAGGGUGUAUUCCUUGUGCAAGUUCACCUUUUCCAAGAUUCCUACACCUUACACCAUUUCCAAACGGGUCAAUGGACAGUGGAAAGGUCACAGUGCUGGAGGAUGUGGAAAUUUCAGAGACACCUACAAAAAUAACCCCAUUUAUCAAUUCCAGCUGGACAAGAAUGGACCAUUACUAAUUGAACUACGGGGACCAAGGCAAUACAGCGUUGGUUUUGAACUCGUCACUGUCUCGACAGUAGGAGAUCCUGGUUCCUAUGGCUUUCAGAAAAAGAGCAGUGGUGACUACAGGUGUGGAUUUUGCUACUUGGAAGUGGAGAACAUAUUUGCUGGAGUUUACAACAUCAUCCCCACCACAUUCCUGCCUCAACAAGAGGGUCCUUUUUUCUUAGAUUUUAACAGUGCUACUCCUCUUAAGGUAUCACAGCUGCAGUGA